UUCUGCCGAGCAAUAAACAAAAGCAAACUAUCACGUUUCGCUUCAUGUUGAGCUGAUAGAUCUCUAGCUCCAACACCGGAGAGUCUCUCUAACCAGAAAAAGACUCUGAAACACCCCCAAUUAUGCCGAGACUAACCUCAUCACCUCCUCGUAUUCACUUCUUCUUCCUCUUCUUCUACAUCCCCUGUCUCGUCUUCCUCUGCUUUCUCUCCCAUGUUGCAGAGUCUCAAAUCCAAGAUCAAGAACAGCAAGUCCUGUUGAAGCUGAGGCAAUCCUGGCAAGACCCAUCUUCCCUCGCCCACUGGGUCGCCUCGAAUUCAUCCUCUCACUGUACAUGGCACGAGAUCACAUGCCAAGAUGGCUCGAUCACCGAGCUCAAUCUUGUAUUCCUGAACAUAAAUUAUUCAAUCCCCCCAAUCAUCUGUGACCUCAAGAAUCUGACCAAGCUCAAUGUCUCCAACAACAAUAUUCCUGGAGAGUUUCCAACAGUUCUCUACAACUGUUCCAAGCUCGUGUAUCUCGACCUGUCCCAGAAUUACUUCGAAGGUCCUAUUCCAUCCGACAUCGACCGGAUGGCUAAUCUUCAGGUCCUGAUCCUUGCCGCCACCAGCUUCUCAUUCGACAUCCCAGCGUCGAUCGCGAGGCUACGGAGGCUGAGGAUCCUUCACCUUUACCAGUCCGAGUACAACGGCACUUACCCUGAAGAGAUUUUUGGCCUCUCCGAUCUCGAAGAACUGCAUCUCGGGUACAACGCCAAAUUCGUGCCGUCGCAGCUACCGCAGAACUUCACAGCCCUGAAGAAGCUGCGAUUCUUCUCGAUGCCGCAGACGAACCUGUUUGGUGGAAUCCCAGAGACGGUCAGUGAUAUGGAGGCUCUCGAGCAUUUGGAUUUGGGAAAAAAUCUGUUGACCGGAGAGAUCCCAGGCAGCAUUUUCGCUCUAAGGAACUUAAGGGAGUUGUACGUGUACAUGACCAAUGUGUCCGGGUCAAUCCCUCUGGCAGUGAGCGCCAUGAACCUGAGCGAGAUCGAUCUGUCCGUUAAUAAUUUGACGGGGAACAUACCUGAAGAUUUCGGGAAGCUCAAGAAUCUGUCCAACUUGAAUUUAGAGUUCAAUCAAUUGUCCGGUAGAAUCCCGGAAGGUAUUGGGCGUCUUCCUGCUUUGUCUGAUGUCAGGCUGUCCAACAACAAUUUAUCAGGCACGAUCCCCCCGGACUUCGGCAAGUUUUCUGCACUCAGAAGGUUCGAAGUGGCCUACAACAACUUGACUGGCACAUUGCCGGAACAACUGUGCCAUGGCGGCACACUGACCGGGUUGGCGGUUAUGGACAACAAUCUCAGCGGGGAGUUGCCGGAGUCACUUGGACAUUGCAGUACUUUGUUGGUCGUUAUGUUGAACAACAAUGGAUUCACUGGCACUGUGCCUGGUGGACUCUGGAUGUCGCCGUACUUGACGUCUUUGAUCUUGAGUCGUAAUGGAUUAACUGGCGAACUUCCCAAGCAGCUGUCCCCAAACCUCACUCGGAUCGCGAUGAACAACAACAGAUUCUUUGGCGAGAUUCCGAGUACAGUGUCUUCGUGGAGGAACUUGCAGGUGUUUGAUGCCAGUAAUAACCUCCUCAGUGGCACGGUUCCGAGUGAAUUGACCGAGCUGCCUUCUCUGACGACGCUUUGGCUAGGUCAGAACGAGCUCUCUGGAAAUCUUCCCAAAGAUAUCAUUUCGUGGAAGUCCUUGACCGCUCUGAAUCUUAGUCACAAUAAGAUCUCGGGCCCGAUUCCUAGCGAAAUUGGUUUUCUAAGACUCACGCAGUUGGACCUGUCAGAAAACCAACUGUCCAGCUUGAUUCCUCCUGAAAUCGGCCAGCUGAAGCUGAACUUUCUGAAUUUAUCAUCCAAUCGCCUCAGCGGACAAAUCCCAGACAAGUUAGAGAUUGCCGCAUACGGCGCCGGUUUCCUGAACAACCCCGGCCUCUGUGCAUCCAAAUCGUUCAUGAGGCUCAAUGUCUGCAAUUCCCAAUCCGGUAGAUUGAGCAAGACCAAUCUCACCUUGAUCGUGAUCUUGGCCAUUGCAGCGGCAAUGUUCGUUUUGUUGGCAGUGCUAUUCACGAUCAGAGCUUUCAGAAAGAAUAGGGACGGGUUCGAUUCAUCUCCGAAACUGACUUCAUUCCAAAGGUUGAAUUUUACGGAAUCGAAUAUUCUGUGGGGAUUGAAGGAGCAUAAUGUGAUUGGAAGUGGUGGAUCAGGAAAAGUAUAUCGCAUUAUCGUGAAUCCUUCUGGUGAUGCCGUCGCUGUGAAAAGGAUUUCGAAUAACCGAAAAUUAGAUGAGAAGCUGGAGAAGCAAUUCGUAGCAGAAGUGGAGAUACUUGGGAACAUUAGGCAUCUGCACAUUAUCAAAUUGUUGUGCUGUAUUUCUUGCGAGAACUCGAAACUCCUAGUGUACGAGUACAUGGAAAAUUGCAGCUUGGACCAUUGGCUUCACAAGAAGAAAAGAUUGUCGCCUGUCUCGGGUGUCGCCAACAAUAUGAUCUUGGAUUGGCCCAAAAGGUUGCAGAUUGCGCUAGGAGCAGCUAAAGGACUUUGCUAUAUGCAUAAUGAUUGUUCACCGCCCAUCAUCCACCGAGACGUGAAAUCGAGCAACAUUCUCUUGGACUCAGAGUUCAACGCAAAAAUCGCUGACUUUGGCCUUGCAAGGAUGUUGGCCAAGCAUGGAGAAGCUGCUACGAUGACAGGUGUUGCUGGUUCUUUCGGCUAUUUGGCACCAGAGUAUGCUCAUACGACAAGAGUUAAUGAGAAGAUCGACGUUUAUAGCUUCGGGGUUGUUCUCUUGGAACUGACCACCGGGAGGGAGGCUAACGACGGUGACGAAGACAUGUGCCUCGCUGAUUGGGCAUGGCGUCACAUCCAAGGUGGCAAGCCAAUAUCUGAUGCGAUAGAUGAGGAGAUCAAGGAUGACUCGUACGUAGAUGAAAUAAGCAAUGUCUUUAAGCUCGGGAUCUUUUGCACUGCUACUCUGCCUUCCACGAGGCCUACAAUGAAGGAGGUACUGCAAGUGCUGCUCAAAUGUAGCGAUCCGCUUUACAAUGUCGAGAAGAAAUCCCAUCACAAGUUUGACGUUGUCCCACUCCUUGGAAAUUCUGAAUACAAGGAAAUGCCGCACAGCGAUUUUCAUGUUCUUGAGUGCAACACUUAUUGACUGUUAGCACUAAAACAGUCGAAGAGUGAAGGGCUGUGGACUCCCAACUUCUGUGAAACUUCCUCAUCUUAUCCUACGGAAAGACAAGCGUCAAACGAUUUGUCUGACUGUGUAUUAGUGAUCCAUACCUAAGACUAGUUUCCGAAUGUAUACUAUAGAAUAUACAGAAUAGAAGAGAGAUGGAUAUGUCAAUUUGUGCUAGAUAGAUAGAGAAUAAGGAUGGGCACUUUGUGCAGAGGGUGUUGAGCAAACCUCAAUAUAUCGAGGCAAUAAAAGAUCGAAGAGCACUUAUGCUA